GUCAGGCGCACUGCGGACACCUAAACUCUUCCAGUGUGACGUCAAGGACCUCACCCCCUCCCACACGCACGCACGCACACACACACACAGCAGCAGCAGCAGCAAUGGCGGACUACGAUAGCUACGAUGAUCGGGAUCGGGCCUACAGCAGCUUCGGCAGCAGCAGAGGGCGUGGCGGCGGCGGCCCCGGAGGUGGCAGAAGGCUGAAGGAGCUUCCGACAGAGUCGCCAUUCACCGCCUACGUGGGCAACCUACCCGCCCACACGGUGCAGGGCGACAUUGACAAGAUCUUCAAGGACCUCAAAAUCCGCAGUGUACGCCUCGUGCGUGACAAAGAGACUGACAGGUUCAAAGGUUUCUGUUAUGUGGAGUUUGACGAUCUGGACUCGCUUAAAGAGGCGUUGGCAUACGAUGGUGCUGAGUUGGAGGAUAAACCUCUUCGGGUGGACAUCGCAGAAGGACGGCGACAAGCACGAGGAGGGACCGGCUUCGGCUUCUCCAAAGACGAUGGUCGAGGCCGAGGGAGUUAUCGUGGUGGUCCCCGAGGAGGGCGUGACUCACGAGAGGACUUCUUCGAUCAGCCGGGUGGAGGCUACAGAGACGACGACUACAUGGGAGGGCGGAGUCGUGGAGGCGGCGGCGGUCGUCCCGGUGACAGAAGGGGGGGAGGCGCAGGCGGAAGCUCAAUGGGUCGCUUCAGGGACGGUCCACCUCGUGGAGGAAUGACAGAUUUCAGGGAACCGUCUGAAGAGGAACGGGCACAGCGGCCUCGUCUGCGACUGAAGCCUCGGACCGUCUCUGAGCCACUCAACCAGGUCGCCAACCCCAACUCCGCCAUCUUUGGCGGAGCCAAGCCGCGAGAGGAGGUGAUUUCCCGGGAAAAACCAUAAGACUGAAGGCCGCCGCGGCCGAGGGGGGAGGGGCCAGGAUGACAAUGAUAGUGAACUUGAACACGAAGAACGAUACACUAAAGGGAUGAGUUGGAGCGCCACAGUUUGUUCCAAGCGGAUGCCACCCUCCUUUUCCUCUUCCUCCUUUUUCUUCUUCCUCCUCCUCUCAGUUGGAGCAAAUUAUUUAUUCUUAGGGAGAAUAAUUAACACACUCAACGAGCAGCUUGUCAAUGCAUGUUUGGGUUUCUCAGCCCCGCCCCCACGUCAGCUUACUGUGCUGUCCCCCCCCCAACCACACACACACACACAUACACUUGUCAUUCACUGUGGCAGGAAGACGUUUGAAGUACUGUACGAUAGACGUGAAGCAGAACCCCCCUGCCCCUCCCCUCUGUUUUAAGCUGAACAAAUUUUGCUAUUUUUGCUCAUCGUUGCCGUGGCGACUCGGAUAUAAUCAGUGAAGCUUCACUGGCUCCUCCCACUGAUGCACUUCCGAUAGCCACAGGGGGCGCCCUAAGUACAAUCAGUCUGAUCAGAGGCGAUGCUUGCGACCCAUUUCAUCCUGUAAACAAUUUCAAAACAAAAGCGUCAUUUCGCUUUCGUUAUUACGCUUCCUCUAAUUGGUCGUGAUAGUCACAUUUGAAUAUGAAACGUUCUCCGAUUGGUCCACACUGAAGAACACUUCUGCCAGUAGGUGGCGCGACUGCACAACAUGACUUGACUGUAACCUAGGCUCUCAUCUUUUCCCUCCUCUGUUUUGCUGUCACUCCUCCCAUCUUUUCGUCCACGUCGUGACCGUGCUUAGCAACAAACAACCAGAUUGUGGCGCUGGUGGCAGGAAGGAGACCAGAAAGUCAAUCUACAUUGUUGUCAUGCUGUGUUUUUGUUUUCAU